CGGUCUAGACUGCCGUGUACCCCCCUAUCUCUUGCAUCCGUCUCCCCCCCAGCUUCCGAAACUAGUCCUUCGAGCGGACUUUGGGUCGCAUCCCUUCACCGCAUCUUGUUCGGUGCCGCUACCUCUUCGCAUUCCACAUACCUUGCCAUACCUACCUUACCUAAGACCCCUCCUAGGGCCCCUCCCUAGGAAAUAACAACUCCGCCACCCAUACUCACACCCACAUACAUACAUCCCCCUCUACCAAGACAAAAAGAUGGCCGACCGUGGUGGCCAUUACCGCGGCGGCCGAGGAGGCGGCGGACAUCCCCGCGGAGCCCGGGGCGGACGAGGCGGGGGAAGAGGCGGACACGGAGCUGAUGCCGGCGCUAGCGGUGGUGCACAACAAGAACGGGAACGUCCUAAGAAAGAGAAUAUCUUAGACCUAAGCAAAUACACAGAUAAGAGAAUUACCGUCAAGUUCAACGGUGGGCGAGAAGUCACUGGUACACUUAAAGGAUAUGAUGCUCUUAUGAAUCUAGUCCUCGAUGAUGUACAAGAGGUCAUGCGAGAUGACGAGGGCAAGGAAGCAACCCGAUCACUUGGGCUAGUAGUUGCUCGAGGUACACUGUUAGUAGUCAUCAGCCCUGUGGACGGAAGCGAAGAGAUAGAGAAUCCCUUCGCUCAACAAUCGGAAGAUUGAGCAUUCAGCAUGUAGUACUAUGGAUAAAGCUAUGAUGAAAGCGAUGUGAACCUGGUCCAUCUGUCCUCUAUUACACACUCAUGAGUUUUAAAUGAGAAGGAAUUCAAGCGACUAGGCGACAUUAAUGAUGGUCAUAUCUAGAGCUUGGAUG